AUGGGUGCCUCUCUCUCCGUAUCCAUUGGUCGGUCAACACCACCGCCCGCUGUUAACACCACAGUAUGCGGCGGUCAGACCUAUGUUUAUGAGCAAUUAGCCGGUUAUGGUCUCAUUCCAAGCAACAAGCGUGACCUUUACGGAGAUACCAUCGGUGGCAUCGGCUCCGCCAUUGCCAUCGACCGCAGCUCAUGGUCAUUUGAUGGCACCUCAUAUUCUGGAAUCAUCUACGGCCUGCCUGAUCGAGGUUGGAAUACCGAAGGCACCUUGGAUUACCAGAGCCGAAUUCAGAAGAUCUACGUCAACUUCACUCCAGCGGAAGACGCCACAGUCGGCCAGCCAUCAGAGCCUAACAUUUCGUUCGAUCUGCUAGACACCAUCCUUCUCUACGACCCUGCUGGCAACCCGACAUCAGGUCUUGAUGCCAACCAGAAGGGCCCAUACUUGAAAUUCCCUUCAAUCCCCUUCGCUCUCCCAACCGCCAACUUCACUGGCGACGGUUAUGGUGGUUCCGGCAAUGGCGGCGUCCGUGUUGUUAUCGAUGCUGAAGGCCUUUUCCUCGGCAAGGAUGGGAGCUUCUGGAUCUCCGACGAGUACGGCCCCAACAUCUACAACUUUGCAAAGAAUGGUAGCAUGGUCGCCGCUAUUCGUCCUCCCAAUGCCUUCAUUCCGCAGCGCAAUGGAUCCGACUCGUUCAGCAGCAACAACCCUCCCCGCUACGAUCAGUCCAUUGUACCCAACCCCGUCGACCCGACCAGCGGCCGCAACAACAACCAAGGUCUUGAAGGCCUUACCGUCAACCCGGAGGGCACCCGCUUGUACGCUUUGAUGCAAUCCGCCCUGAACCAGGAUGGUGGCCCAAAGAACGCUAACAGCGCACAAACUCGUUUCGUUAUCUACGAUCUGACCACCUCGCCCCCGUCACUCCUCGCUGAGCACGUGGUCACCCAGAGUCGCAUCGUACCCAGCGAUAGCACCAGCAAAAUCGCCCGCCAGAGUGAGAUCCACUAUGUCAGCCCGACACAAUUCCUCAUCUUGGCCCGUGACGGCGGUGCCGGUCGUGGUCAGGGCGACAGCACCCAGUCUCUCUACCGUCACGUCGAUGUCUUCGACAUCAGCAACGCGACCAACAUCGCGAAGACCUCAGACUGCACCACCUGCAGCAUCGCAUCGAGCAAGGGUGUCUUGGCCAAGAACGUCACUGCCGCGACCUACUGCUCAUGGUUGGACUACAAUGUCAACUCCCAGCUGAACCGUUUCGGUGUCCACAACGGCGGCGCCCAGGACGCGGGCCUUUUGAACGAGAAGUGGGAAUCGCUUGCGCUUGCACCUGUAUUCGGCUCGACCACCAACGAGUACUACCUCUUCUCAUUCUCCGACAACGACUUCAUUACCCAGGACGGCUAUCUCAAGGGCGGUCAGUUCCAGUACGCCGAUAACAGCGGCUACAGCCUCGACAACCAGGUUUUGGUCUUCAAGGUCCAGCUUCCCAACGGCGCCAAGCCAUUGGUCUCAUAG